UAAAUGGAUCAGAGAAUAUGUCAGUUGAAUAUUUAAAUGAGCUUAAAGUACAUUGGAAUUAUUAUAAAGCAAAUGACAUAGUUGCAUUAAAAUUUUAUGGAAUGACCAAAGAUCCUGAAACUAAAGAAUUUAUGAUGAUUUUACUAUUUGCAAAUGAAGGCAAUUUGAGAAGUGUUCUUUCACACAACUUCAAUAACCUUUUAUGGGAAGAUAAAUUUUUAUAUUUAGAAUGGUUAGCAGGAGGUCUCAAUUAUUUACAUUAUUUAGGAUAUUUCCACAAAGAUCUUCAUAGUGGUAAUAUAUUACAAGAAAAUUCUCGAACUUAUGUUUCAGAUUUUGGAUUAUCUGGAUUAUCAAAUAAACAAAAAUCAGAUGAUAAAAUAUGUGGAGUAUUACCAUAUAUUGCCCCAGAAGUUUUGAAUGGAGAACCAUAUACAUUAUCAUCUGAUAUCUAUAGUUUUGGUGUAAUUAUGACUGAAUUAUCAUCUGGAAUACCACCUUUUCAUGAAAGAAAACAUGAUACUACCUUAGCAUUAGAUAUAUGUAAUGGACUCAGGCCAAAUUUUGGAAAAGGAACUCCUGAAAUUUAUAAGAAACUAGCUUAUAAAUGUAUGAAUGCUAAUUCAAAUCAAAGACCAACAGCAAGUGAAUUGCAUGAUAGUGUAGCCUUUUUGUACUGUUCCUGUAAUGGCUAUAAAGAAUAUCAAGAAUAUGAAAAAUUUGGAUAUAAAGGAAAGGAAAUUAAGGCUAUGUUUAAAGAAGCUGAUAAAGAAAUACCAAAUAUUUCAACUUCAUAUGAAAAAAACCCUAAUGCUAUAUAUACUAGCAGAUUAUUUACAUUUAAUAAUUUAACAAAACCUAUUAAUUCAUCUCUUAUUACGUCAUACCUUGAUGAUGAAGGCUGUCCAGAUCCUCUAUUAUUUGACUUAGAGGUUGAUAGCUCAGAAGAUGAUGCUAAUAAUAAAGAUGAUUUCAAUUAUUGAAUGAUUAUAUUCUAUUUAUUUUAUGUCAUGUAUAUCUAUUGCUGGUUAACAUCUCAAGAAAAUGCAUACGAACAAUAAUACUAUGGACUUAUGGUAUAACUCUAAUUGUCAAUAGUUGAUUC